CAGACCACAAAUUCUGUUUUUUUCUUGAUCUUUUUCUUCCUCUCCCUCGUUCAUCUUCAUCUCUGUGUUCUCCGUAGUCUGUAAUUCUCCCACAUAUGGGUCCGAUGGUGGCGACCCAACUGGCGACCGGUCUGGGAGUGCUGGCCGGAGCCGUCCUGGUCAAAUCGGUGAUGGACCAGAAGCCCAUGGCCGGACCCUUUCAGCGCUGCCCGUCCUGCAACGGAACCGGUCAAGUCUCCUGCCUCUGCUCUCGCUGGUCCGACGGCGACGUCGGAUGCCGCACCUGUUCUGGUUCGGGUCGCAUGAUGUGCAGCAGUUGUGGCGGCUCUGGAACCGGGCGGCCCUUACCCGGAAAACUCAUCGUUCGCCCGCCGAACCGCUCACCCCACUGAUUCACAGGUCCGAUUCCAAAUUCGCCGUCGCAGAUCCUCAAUUAGCCUUAGAUAAAUCCUAUACCCCCCUUUGUCUCAAUAUAUAUAGACACACAGUGUUCUUAAAUCAUAAUUUUGUAUUUGCAAUUUCUAGAAUUUUUUGCCGGGAAUCCCCAAGUGAUUGAAGAAAAUCGAAGUGAUGCUAUAGAAUUAGAAAGUAAAUGGCAUCUGAAAUAGAUUCUGGGGAUGUGAUUUUAGGAUUGUAGUUUAGAUUGUUACAGGGAUGAUGUAUGGUUAAAGAAAACCGGUAAUUGAGUUUGUUCCUGGAAGCAAUCUGUUACUGACCAGAUUUGGAUUUUUUUUGCAACUGAUGAAAUUGAAAAGAGUGAUUUAAAUUUUAAAGUUUGUUAA